UAUAAAUUUGUGAUAUUGAAUGUAGAUACCCUACUAUACGACGCUGUUCUCAAUUUUUUGAUUUGUGCGUGCGCUUAUACUUUUUGUCUUAUUACACGUUAUCCAAUUAUUCAGUGAUACGUGAAUUCAUUUAUCAUAUAUAUAAAUAACGUCGCUUUUACAAUUUAAUAUUUAUCUUUGAAUCGGAGAUUCUUAUCUCACGUAUGUGAGAACGCAUGUGAAUGUGCGUGGAUGUUGUUACAUGUGUAGUACGCGCAAGCGCGCGCUUUUACAUACAUAUACGUUUACGUUACACAAACGCACUCAGCUGUGGUUUCGUCUCUUCGAAUAGGCCGAAAAGCUGGUAAUGGGAGAAAGAAAUUGGAAAGAUUGGAGACCUUUCGUAUAUGGAGGUUUAGCUUCAAUCAUCGCGGAACUGUGUACAUUUCCUUUAGAUACCACAAAAACACGUCUGCAGGUACAGGGUCAAAAGUAUGAUCAGAAGCUUGCACGUUUAAAAUACACUGGCAUGAUUGAUGCUUUAUUACAAAUAUCUCAGCAAGAAGGAAUAAAAGGAUUGUAUUCAGGGAUUAGUUCUGCCAUUUUACGGCAAGCAACCUACGGAACUAUAAAGUUUGGAACAUAUUAUUCCCUCAAAAAAAUUGUAACUGACACGUGGGCAACUGGCGAUUUAGUCACAAUAAACAUUGUUUGUGCAGCAUUAGCUGGAGCUUUGUCAAGUGCAAUUGCCAAUCCUACCGAUGUGGUAAAAGUUCGUAUGCAAGUUACUGGCAACGAAACAAACAUGUCACUGCUUUCUAUUUUCCAAGAUGUAUACAGAUAUGAGGGUAUUCGUGGACUUUGGAGGGGUGUUGGGCCGACUGCUCAACGGGCAGCUAUUAUCGCGGCCGUAGAAUUACCUAUAUAUGAUUAUACCAAGAGUAAGUGUUUGAGUGUAUUGGGAGACAGCGUUAGUAAUCAUUUUGUAUCGAGUUUCGUUGCUAGCAUGGGAAGUGCUGUAGCUUCAACACCUAUAGAUGUUAUUCGUACACGACUGAUGAAUCAAAGGAGAGUAUGCGUUGUUACUAGUAAACCUAUGUCACACAUAUACAGUGGCAGUAUGGAUUGUUUAGUUCAGACAAUUAAAAAUGAAGGAGUCUUAGCAUUGUAUAAAGGUUUUGUCCCGACGUGGUUUAGAAUGGGACCGUGGAAUAUUAUAUUUUUUAUCACUUAUGAACAGUUGAAACAAGUGGACCGUACGUGAUGUAUCGACAGGUAUUUACGUGAAAAACACUAAAAUUCUCAUAAAAAAAAAAAACAAAAAAAAAACAAAUCUAAUUUAAUGUAAAUACUGUUAUAUUGCGCAUUUGAUGUUUCUGAUAAUCUCAGUUGUGUGCAAGUCGUUCAAUGAAAGCGAUGUGUGUUUAGUAGUUAUCAUAAAAUAUAUAUGAACAAAUAGCGUAUAUGAACAAAUUACUUUUGAAAAAAGUAAUGUGUGAUUGUAAAAAAGAAAGUAAUCAGAAAGGUCCAAAAACUUCCUAAGGUACAAACUUCCAUAAAGUGCUUUUAGUUGAUAUAAUUACAUGUAGAAUUUACAUACACCGACUUUUAUUACAGGCUUCAUAGACUCCUUUUAUUAUUCUUUCAAAAAAUUUUUUGUAUAUUUAUAUAUAUAUA